AUGUGCAAAGCACGCAAACGAGGUUAUCGUUUACCUCCUGAGAAUUACGUAUAUGGUAUCAAGCAUCCACAACAGAAUGGUAUUACUGGUGUAGCCGCAGGUAAAUAUCCAAUUGAUUCUUCAUUCGGUUGUCCAGAAUCGUUUUUUUGCAAAAUAGCUCUACAACAUUGUUGUACACCGAUGAAGAAAAUAUCGAAAUCAAUAAGUGUUCCUAAUUUCAUCACAAUAAAUAAAAAUGCUGUUCGAUUAGGGCUUACAAGAGUACAAGAUAUACAUCAAUAUCGGUAG